CCAUCUAUCUACACGCUGUCCCUAACCCUCCCUCUCACGCGCACACACACGCGCGACGUACACACGCUCCACGACGCACGCACACCAACAUGGCGGCCUCUGUCUCACCGCUACGCUCCUCCUUCAGGAUCUGUAGCCCGCUAACGUUACACCAUCCCCGCUGCCGGGCCAAGCUAAGGACGCACAGAAAAUACGAGAGUCAGCGGAGACACGUGCAUCAGACUACGAGCAGGCAUGCUGCUGUGGUGAUUUCGGGGACAGAGUUGGCUCGUCAGCUCCACAGAGAAAUCCAGCGUGAUGUGGAAGAGCUGGUAGCUCAAGGCAACAUGAGACCCCACCUAGGAGUGGUCUUAGUGGGGGACGACCCAGCCAGUCGUACCUAUGUCAGGAACAAGACCCGGGCAGCCAGCAUCCUGGGUAUUUCCAGUGACACAGUGGUGAGGCCAAGCUCGGUGUCCCAAGAGGAGCUGCUGGAGCUGAUUGACAAGAUGAACCGUGACUGGAGGGUCAGCGGCCUGUUAGUGCAGCUGCCACUUCCUGAUUAUCCCCAGUAUGAAAUUGAAUCCACCCACAUUGUUUCACCGACACUUCUCAAAACCUCGACUCCGAAAGCCAAAGACUUCUCUCGAGGAGAUGCCACAGUGACCAUUGUCCACAGAUGUACACCGAGGGAGCGGCUGAAGGAGCUUACCAACCUGGCUGACAUCGUUAUUGCAGCUGCAGGUGUUCCCAGACUGAUCACAGCAGAUAUGGUGAAAGAGGGCGCAGCAGUCAUCGACGUCGGCAUAAAUCGUAUCCAAGACCCAAAGACGGGAAAACUCCGGCUCAUUGGCGAUGUGGACUUUGAGGGAGUGAAGGAGAAGGCAGGAAUCAUCACCCCUGUUCCCGGGGGUGUGGGUCCCAUGACGGUCGCCAUGCUGAUGAAGAACACUGUGACUGCUGCUAGAAACGCACUGAUGCAUUAAACACAGAAUAAAGCCAUUCAUUUUAAUGAAUGCUAUAUAAUACAAUAUGUAUAUGCAUACAGAGAUGUAUUACUUUUAGGUUUACACACUAACACACACACACACACACUCACACACUUUGCCAAACAUCUAACACACUUUUAUUUAAACCUCCAUGAGCUCAAGACUUCAUACCUGCUGGGAAACUUAUUUGAUAUGUACUUUGUUUAUAUUGUGAAUUUGUUCAUUUAUUUAUUUAAGUUAUUUAUUUCAGAGUUCACUUUUUGUGACUUUAGAUUCAUAUUUUUUCUACUGACUUCGUUUUGGUUAAUUUUUGAACAUUCCAGAUUCACUGGAAAAGGAGUAUUAAAUAAAAAAAGACA